AUGCCUGUGACUGCACAGGCGACAUGUGUCACUCUGUCAGCAAUGAGUGUCGACUGCUGCUACGUGACUUUGUACCCUCUGAGACAUCGGACGCCUCGGAGGGCUCUGGCCAUCUCCCUGUCUAUCUGAAUAGGCUCCUUGAUUCUGUCCAUCCCUGUGCUGGAGGUGGGAUACUGCUGGUUCGGUCCUCAGACAUACUGCAAUGAUGUUUUUCCCUCUGCCCAUCUCCAGAGAGCUUUCACCAUCUACAGCUUUCUAGCUGUCUACCUCUUACCCCUGCUUACCAUCACUGUGUGUUAUGCCGGCAGCGGCAGCUGCGCCUUAAUUUUGCAUUCACAGCUGAAGAUUUGGGGUCACUGCAUGUCUUGCUCCAACUCUUCUGUAAACCCGUUUGUGUAUGCUUUCACGGGCAACAACUUUAGAAAGGCUUUCAAGCAUGCCUUCCCUGCCAUUUUGCUGUGGCGCUCAAGAGGGAGAGUCAGAGUGGGAAACACAGACGCAGAGGAAGGAGUAGAGACGGAUCAUCAGGCACCCAAAGGAGAAGCAGAGAUGCACUUUCUUUCAUCUGGCCCCUAA